CUUUCUUCAUAAAGUUAUUAACUAAAUUACAUUAUAAUUAUACCCCUCCCUUUUUUAUUUAUUUAUUUAUUUAUAAUUGCUUUAAUGUCUGAACAUCAGGCACAGGAUCUACUUUUACAAGCCGAAAAAAAAUUAAAUAGUUGGGCUUGGUUUAAUUCAAGUAACAAACAUGAAGAUGCAGCAGAAAUGUAUGAAAAGGCUGGAAAUACCUUUAAAUUAGCUCAAAAAUGGAAUGAAGCAGGAAAAGCUUAUAUAAAAGCAGCUGAACUUUACAAGACAGCCCCUACUUUACAAUAUGAAUCUUCAAAAUCAUUUGAAAGCGCUUCCAAGUGCUUAAAGCGAAUUGAUGCAAAAGCUGCUUUAGAGGCUUUACAAAAAGCAAUUAUUAUUGAUAAAGAAAUUGCAAAUUUUAGAAAUGCAGCAAAACAUCAUCAAGAAAUAGCUGAUAUUUAUGAAUCAGAUAUCAUGGAUUUGAAAGGAGCAAAAGAAAAUUGGGAAGAAGCUUCUAAAUUAUACAUGGCGGAUGAUUCAACAGCGAUGGUCAAUAAAUGUUUAUUAAAAGUAGCUCAUUUUGCAGCACAAUUAGAACAAUAUGACGAAGCUAUUGAGAAUUUCGAAAGAGUGGCAACAGAUUCUAUGAACAAUCAACUAACAAAAUGGUCAAUAAAGGAAUACUUUUUAAAGGCUAGUUUAUGUUCUAUGUGUAUUGGGGACUCGGUCAAGACACGUCAACUGUUAAAUAAAUAUUAUUCCAUGGAUUUAUCCUUUGAAAAUACUCGAGAAUAUCAGUUCUUAUUAGGCAUUUUAGACUGUUUUGAUAAUGGUGAUCAGCCACUUUUUAGUCAAAAAAUACAUGAAUUCGAUCAAAUAUCAAAACUUGAUAAUUGGAAAAUAGGAAUAUUGUUAAGAAUCAAAAAAUCAAUGGAUUCAUCUUCUCUUUUGCUAUGAUGACAUGAAACAUUAGUAAACUAAAUCUUAUUGGGUGAAACUAAAAUUAUUUGUUUUCUUUUGCAUACCCAAUGUUUAAAGUGAAAUUUCCAAAUUAAAAGUUGUUUUAUCUUUUUU